AUGACUCGGCAUCUUGUCGUGAUCUGCAGCUCCACCUCUUCGGGAGAAAGCUCUACCGAAAAGCAAUAUCAUGGUCCCCGAUCCGGUUUUAAUCAACUUGGCGUUCAGAACGAAUGGAUUCACGGCGCCUGCUCCUGUGAAGAUAACCAAAUGAAGAACUCACUAUCCUGUGUACUGACCGCUGCGUUUCUCCUGAGACAAGCCGCUGCAGGAUGGACGAAUGCAAGCGAGGUCCCCUACUAUGGACUGAGCCCUCCAGUUUAUCCAACUCCACAGGGACCGGGGACCUCGUCUCCAGCAUGGGCCUCGGCUUACCAAAAGGCUCGAAUCUUCGUCUCUCAACUGACCCUCGAGGAGAAAGUAAACAUGACGCUCGGCCACCCGGGCAUGUGUGUCGGCAACAGUGGAGCUGUGCCUCGUCUUGGCUUCAACGGUCUAUGUUUCGAGGAUGCUCCGUCCGGAAUCCGUGGCCCGGAUUUCGUGUCCGCUUUUCCAGCAGGUAUGCACCUCGCCCAGACCUGGGACAAGAGCUACAUGCGCGCUUUUGGUAAAGCGGUUGGCGAAGAAUACCAGGGCAAGGGUGUAAAUGUAGCUCUGGGUCCAGUGGGAGGAAGCAUGGGCCGCGUUACGCGAGCAGGGAGAAAUUGGGAAGGCCCAGGUCCGGAUCCUUACCUCGCUGGCGUGCAGAUGGAGGAAAUCGUACUGGGUAUGCAGGGCGAGGGAGUGAUUGCCUGCUCGAAGCACUUUCUGCUCAAUGAGCAGGAGUACCGACGGCUUCCCAGUGCACUUGGAGAGUCAGUAUCUUCAAAUGUGGAUGAUCGCACUAUCCAUGAACUCUACCUUUGGCCAUUUAUGAACGCACUCAAGGCAGGAACCGGCGCUAUUAUGUGCUCCUACCAACGAGCGAAUAACUCUUACGCUUGCCAGAACUCCAAACUUCUCAACGGAUUGCUGAAGACUGAGCUUGGCUUCGAAGGUUUUGUUGUCUCCGAUUGGCAAGCGCAGCAGUCUGGAAUAAGCACUGCAAACGCCGGCCUAGACAUCGUCAUGCCUGACUCUGGAUGGUGGGGGAAGAAUCUCACGCAGGCAGUAACCAAUGGGUCCAUUACGAUCGAUCGUUUGGACGAUAUGGUGACCCGGACCCUAGCCGCAUGGUAUCUCCUUGACCAGAAUACAGCCCUUCCCCAAGCCCAGAUCUACUCACCCACAGUACAGCAUCCUAUUCUGGACGUCCGGGGCGACCAUGACAAACUCAUCCGAGAAGUCGGAGCUGCAGGUCAUGUCCUCGUCAAGAACGUCAACAAUACUCUGCCCUUGAAGUCACCACGGUAUGUCAGUAUCUUUGGAUAUGACGGAGAGCUCAAGCCUGUUCCAUGGUCUACCCCGACUCGCUACGGCGGUGGCUACGAUGUUAACUUCGGCUGGGAAACCUUCAAUGGGACUCUGAUCGUUGGUGGUGGUUCAGGCAGUAACACACCCCCCUACGUUAUUUCGCCGUUCAAGGCCAUCCAGGAUCGAGUGAUUGCCGAUCGAGGGAUGCUGCGUUGGGACUUCUACUCCCAGAAUCCUGUCCCAGAAGCCAACACCGAAGUCGUACUCGUAUUUAUAAACGCUUACGCGUCGGAACAGUUCGACCGCUUGAGCCUCUCGGACGAAUUUUCCGACAACCUGGUUUUGAAUGUUGCUGCAAAGCAUCCCAAUACUAUAGUCGUCCUUCACUCAGCAGGUCCAAGAGUCGUAGAUGCCUGGAUUGAGCAUGAAAAUAUAACUGCAGUUAUAUUCGCGGGCCUGCCUGGUCAGGAAUCCGGUAAUGGUCUCGUCGACGUUCUGUACGGAGACGUCAACCCGAGUGGAAGGUUGAUCCACACCAUUGCCAAGAAGGACGAGGACUAUGGAAGCGUGUUGAACUCCACUGUUGACGGAUUUUCAGCAUUCCCCCAGUCCAAUUUCACCGAAGGUGUUUACAUCGACUACCGCGCCUUCGAUCGAGACGGGGUGGAGCCGAGAUUUGAGUUCGGAUACGGUCUCUCGUAUACCAGCUUCUUUUACUCCGCCCUCAGCAGCUCUCAGACCGAUGCUCACACAAGAGAAUAUCCUUCAUCGAACGUGUCCAUAGUUCAGGGUGGUCAUCCAGAGCUCUGGGAUGUCCUGUUCAAUGUCACCGCGUCAAUUACCAACACCGGGAAGGUGGCAGGCGCAGAGGUGGCACAGCUGUACCUUGGGAUUCCGACUGCCCCAGUUCGUCAGCUUAGAAGUUUUGAGAAAGUGUUUUUGGAGCCUAAUGCUACCAAAGAGGUGGUGUUUGGGUUGACAAGGAGAGAUUUGAGUGUCUGGGAUGUGGUGGCUCAGAGGUGGAAGCUGCAGAGUGCUGCUUAUAAUGUAUCCGUGGGUGCAAGCAGCCGCGAUUUGAGGCUGAACGCCACGCUGCAUGUUUAG